AUGUUCGGCCAAACCAGCAGCAACACAAGUAGGAGCCUUUUCGGUAGCACAAACCAGUUUCAAUUUGGUGUCCCAACAAGUACACCGCCUCUAUGGGGAGCUCCAAUCGGACCAUCAUCCUCUUCAACCGGAUUCGCAGCCUUCGGUACUUCAACUGCUCAAACAGGUGAAUUUGCUGCCAGGAACCCAUCACAGUCGGCGCCUUCAACCGGAUUUGCUGCCUUUGGUACUUCAACUGCUCAAACAAGUAAAUCUUUUGGUGAAUUUGCAGCCACAACUCAACCAUCACAGUCGGCACCAGGAGGCAAUAGUCAGUUUGCAUUUGGCCAAAGAUUUGGUGCUUCCAGUUCUCCCUUUUGGGCUCAAUCAACAACACAAGCAGAUGGAAACAGCGCUUUUGCCGGAGGCCAACGCCAGGGAACUAGAGUGGCUGCUUACAAAGCCACAAAUGAUCAGGAUGGGAGCUCUGAAACGUUUAAGUUGCAGUCAAUAACAGCAAUGUCAGUUUAUCAGAGCAAAAGCAUGGAGGAAUUACGAUUUGAAGAUUAUCAGUUGGGAGAUAAAGGUGGAAAAACAACAAUGAAGGCAAGCACCCCUUUCAAUUCCACACCAUCUUUUUCCUUUCCUCAACCAUCUUUUUCUUCACCUUCACCGUCAACUGUUUCAUCAACUCCAGCAACCAAUGCUUUUAGAUCCUUCAAUCCUAACCAGACUUCAUCUUCACCAUGGACAAGUGUAUCAUCAACUCCGACAACCAAUGCUUUUACAUCCUUCAAUCCUAAUCAGACUUCAUCAUCUUCACCCUGGACUAGUCCAUCUUCAACUCCAGCAACCAAUGUUUUUACAUCCUUCAAUCCUAAUCAGAAUUCAUCUUCACCAUGGACUAGUACAUCUUCAACUCCAGCAACCAAUGCUUUUACAUCCUCUGCUCAUAUUUGGACCUCAUCUUCACCAUCGAUGAGUUCAUGUUCAACUCCAGCAACUAAUGCUUUUAUAUUUACUCGAAGUUGGACUUCAUCUUCACCAUCGGUGAGCUCAUCAUCAACUCUAUCAGCCAAUGCUUUUCCUUGGACCUCAUCUUCACCAUCAGUGAGUUCAUCACCAACUCCAGCAACCAAUGGUUUUACACCCUUUACUCCUAAUUGGAUUUCAUCUUCACCAUCAACUCCAGCAGCCAAUCUCAAAACACCACCAACAUCUACAUCACCCUUUUCUAAUCCAUUUAAUACCACCAGUACUCCUACUCCAUUUUCCUUUCCUUCUUGGAGCUCAUCUUCACCAUCAACUAGUUCAUCAACUCCAGUAACUAAUGUAAAUGAAGCACCACCUACACCAACCUUUUCCUUCUAUCCGCAGCCUUCUCCAAAUCCAUUUAAUACCUCCAACAGUACUCCUCCUCCAUUUUCCUUUCCUUCUUGGAGUUCAUCUUCACUUUUGACUACUUCAUCAACUCCAGCAACCAAUAUUGAAACACCACCAACACCUACACCAUCCUCUUCUUCGAUUUCACAGCCUUUUCCAAAUCUAUUCAACACCUCCAAAAUUACUCCCCCGCCUUCCUUUCCUUCUUGGACUUCCUCACAAGUAACGACUAGUCCAUCACCUCCAGUGAGCUAUACCUAUACAACACCUACACCUUCGAUUCCACAGACACAAACACCCACUAGUACUUCAGCUCCCUCUCCUACUCCUGGCUCCAACAUUUUGAAUAUAACACAGCCACAACAAAGCAGCACAUCUAUUCUUCAGCAGAAUGACUUACAACAACAACAACAACAACCUGUUACAAAUAUAUUUGGAGCCCCUCGCGCAUCGCCUCAGGUGUCAAAUGGUGGUAGUGUUCAGUAUGGAAUUUCAAGCAUUCCUGUUGUUGAUAGACCUGCUGCAACGCGUAGCGUGAGGGUCUCAAUGUGUGCUAGACACCUGGUACAAAGGCGCAUUGGUUAUUCUGCUGCAAAUUCAAGAAGAUAUGAUCCUUACAGGAAUACGAAUGCUAGCAGUCAUCCGAAGGUCCCUUUUUUCAGUGAUGAUGCUGAUCAAGUACCUAAGACGCCCAAGAUCAUUCUCUAG